CUGUUCCCAUCAUUCUCUUGUUUAAUCCGCUUUCCCUCACGCCACAAGCGAGCCAUCUCUCGUUCCCGCUCGGCAUCCACAUCCAACGACAACAACUACCAGCAAUAGUUGGUCCGCGAUAGUAGGAGUCAACCGUGCUAUUUUCGGCGAACCGACCGGUUUAUAUAUACAUCAUACCUGUCUUGUCACUCUCGUGAAGCAUCCUUCAGUCACUCGCUGUCCUCAGUCUCAAAAUGAAGUUCCAACUCAUCGUCGCCCUCUCACUCAUUGCCACGGCUUCAGCAAGACCUAUUGUCUGCCCAGAUGCCAAGCGCGAUGCUAUCCUCAGAGGUGACCUACCAAAGGAGGCAUGCUGUAGCUAUGGUCGGUGCCUCGGGGAUGUCGUGAUUGCCUCGUCAUGAAAGGAGUGUGUUAAGAGCAAUCUCCAGUAACCGCAAGCAUGGCUGUUCAAAACAUCAUCUCAACCAUCUCCAUUCCCAACGGAACAGAUCCUCUUGGGGCCUUCCAUUUUUCGUCCUUGUGCUAUCCAGCACCGUCAUGGCAUCCAACGACUUUUCGGCGAUUCCUUUCCUGGCAAACGGUCCCACCUGCACUCGUAUCUCGGAUCGGCAACCCCUGAGACACGGGAUGACCCCGGGAUGGAUGGGAAAAUCCGACGAACACGACCCACGGAGACGGUUCUCACCGACUGACCGACAACAUUUCACAUCAUAUCUAAUCAACAACCUCGGAGCCAAAUACUUUCACACUCUGCAUACCAUCAUUUUACAUACGCGCUUUCACCGAUCCACGUUUUUACGCACAUACCAUACCCGUUUUACGAUUACCACGUCACCGACGAUUACCCGAUGAGACGCUGGAUGGGAUGGCAGUGAACGGCAAUUGAUCUGUUUAUCCCGAAGUCAACCAAAAGUUCAUCCGUUCACACAUUUAUCGACAUUAUAGAGGGAGAGGGGAGCGAGGAGGAUGGGAGUAAAACGACUCGCCAUGAGAGCUGGUGUUGUCCUGCCUAAUCAUUGCAUGGCUCGGCACAUUUGUAUGUCUUCUACGAAGCAUUAGAGGGAGUUUUUGGAGUCUAUCUAUGAAUUAAUAUCUUGUUGCUUGCUUUUCC